AACCUUCCCUCCAGACACCACCUCCUGGACCCGAGACUGGCCAUACUGUGUUUGUCUGCCUGUCUGCAAGUCAAUGGCAUUAAUAACACUUUUAAUAAGUUUUUACCCAAAUAGGCAAUGCAUCACAGUGUCCCCUCCCCCGAGCCCCCAUGACCCUCUUAGGCUUCUUAGGUUGCCCCGUCAAUGUCGCUUUCUCCAGUCUCUCUUCUCCCUCUAUAUUGGCUGUGGAGCCAAAGCCUGGUUUCACUUCAGCUGACCCUUGCUGUGUCCCAUGGAAUUUACCUUUGUUCUGCCACAAGAAAUGCCGUUUCCGGGGCAACAGAGUUCUGUAUGAGACUGUGAGUACUUGGAAAGGACUCCAGAAGAUGCGUCUUGUCUUACUGAUCUGCCUCCUGACAGGAACCACUGGGAAAAGCUGCCUCCGCUGCUGGCCAGAGCUGUUCCCCCUGAUAGACUAUGACCUGCAGGUGCUCUGGGGCAGCCCAGGGCCCCCCACAGAACUCUCACAAAGCAUACACUCCUUUUUCAUGGAGAAUAACACCUUACUCUUGCCCUGGCAUCUUGCUCAAGACAAUUUGGAUGAGGAAACAGCUACAUUCUUCACCCACGUAGACAACGCCAUUAAAAAGCUGAAGGAUGAUAAGCCAGCACUGCUUGAAGAGAUUCGUAUUCAGAAGAUCUCCCUGGCUAAGAGGCUGAAGGAGAGGUCCGAGGACCUGAUGCAGAAGGUCUGCAAUGAGUCCUGUGACAUCCUCUCCAAAAUGGAAGUCACUUCAUGUACCGACUGCCAGACAUUCUACUUGUCCUGCAAUGACCCUACCUUGUGCACAGCCAGGGUCAUGCGGAGCUACAAGUGGGUUGUGAUCCUUGUCACCGUCUUGAUGCUCCUGGCUGUGGCUGGCAUUGGUGGCUACUUUUUCUGGCUCCAAAAGAAGGCUGCAGAGGCUGAUGAGGUACUGGGAAAUGCACUCCUGUCUGGGGCUAAUAAGGUCUUGAGGCCCGCUGGGUCUGCUGUAUGCAGAAACAUGGAAGCUGGAGUCCAGGACACAGAUGAGCAAAAUUCCUCAAGCCUCCUGUUCUCACCAGAGUGGCCCUGCAGAGCCACCUCCCUCUCUGCCCUGCACACUGACCUCAUCAGGCCAGCACAGUAAUAGCUUUGUCAUGCAUGGCUCCUGGUGGCUUUGGCCAGUGGGACUCCCAGUAGGGAGAUGGACAGACUGGAAUUGCACUGCGUUGUAAAGUCCCAUUUCUUUCCUCUUUGCAGGGAAGAGAAAGCUAUUUAUCUUCCCCAGAAAGUGAGCCGGAAUCAGAGCAGUCGCCAAAGCCCAUCCUGUUUGAAAGCUAACUUCCUCUGGCCCUGGUGACUCCAUUGCACAAAGCACUCCUCCCUGGA